AUGGGGCCAAUGAAAUAUAAGUCCAGUGUGUCCUCGGUGUCCUGUGGUCUGCAGUACCACCACUCGUUGAUAAAGUGGAGUCCAAAAAUGAAUGUCCACAUAGUGCGGACUUACGGCUCGUCGGCGCCCAAGAGGCCUGAGGCCAAGUCUGCCCUAGAAGUGGCCUCAGCUCUUCUGAAUCGACUGACAGAGGCUGGGGCUGUGAUGGGAAAGAACUCCCUUCAGAAGAUGUCUGCGACCUGCAAGAGCUGGUGGGACAGAUAUGAGGAGUUUGUUGGAAUUAAUGAAGUUCGAGAAGCUCAGGGAAAAGUGACAGAGGCUGAAAAUGUCUUUAUGAUAGCUCGGGGGAUAGUACGAGAGGCUCGUGAAAAUGUAGAAGCCCAGCAGAUUAAACUGAAGGAAAUUCGGGACCGCUUAGACAGGGUCUCACGGGAUGACACCCAGUAUUUAGAACUGGCCACACUGGAACACAGGUUGCUGCAGGAAGAGAAGAGGUACCGAGCUGCGUAUUUAAAUGCAGAAGAAUCUGAGAGAGAAAAAUUCUCACUCUUCUCUGCAGCUGUAAGGGAAAGCCACGAGAAAGAGCGAACAAGAGCUGAAAAAACCAAGAACUGGUCUAUUAUUGGUUCUGUACUGGGAGCCAUUAUAGGUGUUCUUGGUUCCACCUAUGUUAAUCGAGUGAGGCUGCAAGAAUUGAAAGUCUUGGUACUUGAAGCACAGAAGGGCCCAAUGAAUUUGCAAGAAGCCAUUAAAGAACAGGCCUCCAGCCACAGCUUACAGCAGAAGGAUCUCAGCGAUGUCAUAGCAGACCUGAAAAGUGUGCUGCAAACAAGGACAUCACAGGAACUGAAAGAAGGUGCUUUGUUAACUAAAGACAAGGGUGACUCCAUAAACAUAGAUGCUCUUUUAAUUCCUUUAAACGAACAGCUCAACUACACUAAGCAAGUCAGUUCAUGUCUAGGGAGUUUAGAACAGCAGUUUCGCAGUCUGCAGGAAAGUGUAGUACAAAUGGUUUCUGAGAUGCAGAGUGUUAAACUUGCAGUUCAUGCUAGAACAACGGAAAGAGCCAUGCCAAGGUCUUCAGCAGAAGGUAAGGGCCAGGCUUCUGCUGUGAGAGAUGUGAUUUUAGAGCUGUGUGAUACUGAGCGGAGACUGGAAGCACAAAUCAAGAGGAAUUCUAUUUACAGCACUGCACUGACAUGUGCUGUGUUUGCUAUUACCCUGCCAGUACUCUACAUUAUACUCAAGGGGAACUGA